AUGGAAGAAAUACGCUCUAAACAUAAAUCCAUACAAGGCGCUGCCCAUCAUAUUGCCUUUGAGUGUAUACAUCCUCAGCCGGCACAUGGCUCUCCAUACCACGUUCACCCUUAUCCUUCUCCUGUCCGUCUACAGCAUGCAUUCACAGCACAGAACAGCCCAAAAAUGUUCUAUCCAAAGGGGCUUAAACCACAUCGAGAUGGCAGAGCAUUUAUUACACCGACUGAAAGUCCUAUCCUUGGUCGAGCUUUAUGCCUUACACCACGUGGAAGUCCACUUCCAGGACAUGUGUCUCACCUAAAUGAAAAGUUCCAGGACUCUCUUAAUAUUAAUUCAGAUACUGAUGCAUUAGUUGCCAAAAUUAGUGCCAUGUUUCCUACUGUUAGUGAAACUCACAUUAAAAUAUUAUUAAAAAAAUACUAUAAUCGUGAAGCUGUAGUUAUAAGCGCAUUGCAAGUAGAGAAGCAUCCAAUAACCACGCCAGGGCCCUUCAGCAUGUCACCAUCAAUGUCACGCCUUCAAAAAAGCGCUGUCGGUGUUUAUUCUGCCAUGCAGUUUGCUAAAGGGGGAUCAUCUAUACAAGGAUCGAGUCAUUUAACCCCACUCACUGGAACACCUCAAGGGUCUCCUCUUUUCUUACGACCGGCGUCAGGUGCCUCAAGCUAUAUGGGUAUGGCCAAGGCUGUCGACGGCCAAACAAAACACCAAUCUCCAAAGAUGAAAUUGAAGUACAUUAAAAGUAUAUUCCCGAAAGCAGAAGAGACAUUGAUUUUAGACGUACUAGCAAAUAAAGAUAACAAUGUACAAAAAGCUAGCGAAGAACUGAUUGGCAUGGGGUUUGCUAAGAAAGAAACUAUAAUGAACCAACAGAAAAAGAAAGAGAAAGAAACGCCACAACCAGCAAAAAAAGUAACGAUAUUGAAAACGCUAGAAGAAAAAAAUGAGUUAAAACAAAAACUGCAGAAGAAAUAUAACACGGUUGCAGAACGUGUAAUAUCAAUUGCUUUAGAGAGCGUAGACUUCAAUGAGGAAAGAGCUGAGCAAAUUCUUAGUGCCGUUGUUCAAGAGGAGGAAGCACCGAAAGUUACAAAAACCAUGGAAGUUAAAGAAACACGGCGGCCACAAGCGGUAGAAAUUUCAAAAGGAGCGUGCGUUGACGCGGAGCAGCAGCCGUGCCGCCCGCCCCCGGCGCCCGCCACACGCCGCCUCAAGAUCUGGACCGAGCACCUGAAACCGAUUUUAAAAGCGAGCACCAGUGUGGAACCGAAAUAUAAAUCUCAACAUCGCGUACAGAGUAAUGGCCCUAAUCCUUCAAUCAGACAAGGUCCCAAGGAUAGUCUUCUUCUCGAGGAUUAUAUAGUAUGGAAUGGAGCUAAUCCCGAUUUGCGUAGCGGAAACGCAGUGAAGCCCGAAGGACCAGAACAUCGCGAAAAAAAGUUUACACUAGCCCGCGGUCCUUCAGGACUUGCAAAGGGACCCGCCGGUAUUGCCAAGGGUUCUUUAUAUCAGAAGUUUGCUAAAAAGUCGACUAAAAUGUAA